AUGAAGGCCGUCAUCCAGCGCGUUCUGAGCGGCUCCGUCACCUCUGAGGGUGAGGUGGUAGGUUCCAUCCAGAAAGGGCUGGCCGUCCUUGUCGGGAUCGCGCGUGACGACACGGCUGAUGACACCGAGUACAUCCUCCGCAAGAUUCUUGGGGCUCGGGUGUGGAGCAAUGAGGAUGGGUCCAAGAUGUGGUGCCGAAACGUGAAGGAAAUCGAUGGAGAGGUGCUGCUCAUUUCACAGUUUACGCUCAUGCACGUCAUGAAGGGUAACAAGCCAGACUUCCAUAACGCUAUGCCACCUGAAGACGCCCUCAAGGUGUUCAACACCCUUCGCGAUAAACUGCGGUGCGAGUAUGCCCCACACAAGAUUGCGACCGGCAACUUUCAGCACUACAUGAACAUUCACCUGUCGAACGACGGCCCCGUAACGCUCAUCCUGGAUAGCAAGAAAAGGAGUUGA